GGCGAGUAGCUGUGACUCAGUCGGGGUUGUGGAUUUUUAACGUCUAACCCAUAAUUGCCCUCGCUAAGAGCGAAACUAUUCGACGCGUGACGGGGUUACUUUGGUGGUGGUAGGGGGAGGGGCUUUGUCUCUGUUUUUAUUUCUAUAGUAGCCCACCUCACUUCCUCAGACGCUGCCAUUUCGGUUGUGAAUGAAGAAGAGAGAGGAGUAGUGGAGGACGACGGGAAGGGGAAAGCAAGGAGAAGGGGGCACGAGGAAGUCCUCGAGAACGGCUCCCGUAGCAGGAGUAAGCUAGGAGGGAGGCAGAAUUAGCGUUUUUUUUAUUUUUAUGGCUCAGUCUGCCGCGAACGGUGUGGACCAUGAUACGGCGAGCAAGAAGCACAACUCAAGGAUGGAGGCGUCUUGCUUGGAGUUGGCCCUGGAAGGAGAAAGGCUGUGCAAAGCUGGAGACUUUAAAGAUGGAACAGCCUUUUUUGAAGCCGCGGUGCAAGUUGGCACAGAAGACCUGAAAACUCUUAGUGCCAUCUACAGCCAGUUGGGUAAUGCCUACUUUUACCUGAAGGAAUAUGGCAAAGCCCUGGAGUACCACAAACAUGACCUUAAUUUGGCUAGAAACAUAGGAGACAGGAUUGGAGAAGGAAAAGCCAGCAGUAACCUUGGUAACACUUUAAAAGUGUUAGGGCAAUUUGACGAGGCUAUCGUCUGCUGCCAAAGACACCUGGAUAUCUCGCAAGAACAAGGCGACAAGGUGGGAGAGGCCAGAGCACUGUAUAACAUAGGAAACGUGUUUCAUGCAAAGGGCAAAAAGAUGUUGUGGGGAUGCACCCGGGAUCCAGGAGACCUGCCCCCUGACGUCAGAGACACAUUGCAAAGGGCUACCACCUUUUAUGAGAUGAAUUUAUGUUUGGUCAAAGAGCUUGGCGACCGAGUUGCUCAGGGGAGAGCCUAUGGGAAUCUUGGCAACACCCAUUACCUGCUGGGUAACUUUGUUAAAGCGAUCACCUUUCAUCUCCAGCGAUUAGCCAUCGCUAAGGAAUUUGGUGACAAAGCGGCCGAGCGACGAGCCUACAGUAACCUGGGAAAUGCCUUCAUAUUCUUGUCCCAGUUUAACACAGCCACUGAGUAUUACAGGAAAACUCUCCAUCUGUCCAAGGAGCUAAGGGACAAGGUGAUGGAGGCUCAGGCCUGCUACAGCCUGGGAAACACCUACACCCUGCUGCAGCAGUAUGACAUGGCCAUAGACUACUACCUUAAACACCUGUACAUUGCUCAGGAACUCACAGACAGAGUUGGAGAAGGGCGUGCGUGCUGGAGUCUGGGAAAUGGAUAUGUGUCUUUGGGAAACCUAAAACAAGCCCUUCACUAUGCCCGAAAGCACCUGGAAAUUUCUAAAGAAAUUGGAGACAGAAAUGGGGAAUUGACAGCCAGGAUGAAUGUAGAACAGCUGCUGGCGUCUCUUGGAGUAUCUGAGGGAGAUCUUUCACCCUCCAGUUCAGAAUUUGAGAUGCAAGGUGCAAGACCCAAAAACACCACAAAAAACAGCAUGGACAGUGUAGAACUGUGGAAGUACUCCUCAGAUAAGAACGGGAAUUGCCAACAUUUAGAAGGUGAGCCGAGAAGAUCCAAAGGUCAGCCAUCACAGUCCAGCAAAAGAAAAGGCUGUUCAGACAGUCAGUGGUCAGACGAAAGGCAGUGGUUGGACUCUCCUGUAGACGCAGAUGACAUCACAGUCCUAGUACCUCCUCCUGUACCUAAGCUGAGCUGCGAACCCUCUGAUGACGACUGCUUCAUCGAACUCCUCAGCAAGUUCCAGAGCAGCCGCAUGGAUGACCAGCGCUGCCAACUCGAGGAGCCGCAGAACGGAGAGGACGGAGAGGCUGCGGCCAGCCUGAGCGACAUGAAAGAUCCAGCACUUACCACGUCUCCUCAGACCGAGGAGCUGUUCGAUCUCAUCGAGAGCUCUCAGGGGCGUCGACUUGACGAUCAGCGUGUAAAUGUUGGCAACCUUCCAGGUCUUAGGAUCACGCAGAACAACCUGGGUCAUUUGGUCGGGGAGGGCGACCACCAGGAACCGGGCGACGAUUUUUUCAACAUGCUGGUCAAGUGCCAGUCCUCCAGGAUUGACGAUCAGCGCUGCACCCCGCCAGAACCCGGCCCCCACGCCCCGACAGUGCCCGACGAAGACUUCUUCAGUCUCAUCCAGCGGGUGCAGGCCAAGCGAAUGGACGAGCAGCGCGUCCAGCUGCCCAGCGAGGACCAGCCCAGCCCGCCGUCGCCGGAACCAGAACCUCCCCGGGGAUUCCCCAGCUAGGGGUUUACGAUCAAAGUGUGAGCGUACAUCAGAAGGGGGAGGAACUAACAAACUAAAAGGAAACUCGGUGUGCAAAAAGGUGGUGACAAGUGUUGCUUCAUUCAUGAUGUGUGUAUAUAAAAAAAAAUGUGGUAAGAGCAAGAACAAACUUGACCUACAUUAUUACACGCUCAAACUAAUGCCUUAAUUAGACAUUUUUGUGGAAUGUAUUCCUUGGUGUAUUUUCAGGGGUGCAUUGUGGUCAAACGCUAAGAAAUGGGAAGUUUAUUUGAAGACACGUGUUACAAGAAGUCAAAAUGAAGAGUGCAAUGCAGUUUUAUAACUAAAUAAGUGUUAAUAUUAGAUUAAUUUAUUGCUUUUGUGCUCUUAUAAAUGCUUUUUUUUCUCGCCAGUUUAUGUUUGUGAUUUGAUUUCCUCAUAGAAGGGUGCAGUAUUACCUUUUUUUGGGCCUCCAGUGGUGUUAUGCGCUGGUCACUUUAUAGUAUUUGAAAAUCCUUCUCCUGUUUAUGUCAGUUUGAAAAGGUGUUUACAUGUUUUUUAAUCUAAAACUGACUGGUAUGCAGUGGAAUUCAUUCCUGCACAAAAUAUGAAGUUAAUCAUUUUAAAUAAUUAAAAAAAAAAUGUUUAUCUCUACUGCCUCCCUGUGGUCAAAAUAGGUAUUACAUCUGUCCAAACAGUUUUUUUCUGUAAUUUUUUAACACAAAUUUGAUUUUUUUUUUUAAUUUAUUUUAUUUACUGACAUUUUCUUAGUCAGUGAAAAUAUUUAUAAAAGGUACGUCUGUUAAUUCUACCGGUACUGAAAUUAAUUGACCUUGACUGGAGGCUUUUUAAAUCAAGAAUCGUGCAUACCUCAUUUGUAGCUUUUAUCCACCCUAGAUAUUCUUGAUUUAAACCACAAAACAUUUGUGUCAUCUCAUUUUGAUAAUCAACACUAUGGGAGCUGCAAUGAACAUACACCUUUAUCCUGUCUUUUUUUGUGAAUUAACAUUUAUAGAUAUUAACCGGUAUGCUUCUGGUUGUCUUUGUAUGUAUGAUAUUAUUUUGUAUUUAUGUUUUAGGGCAUGAAAAUGUCCCAUCAUGCUUUUAAUAAAAGGAUUCAGAUGUUU